AUGUUAGAAGAUAUUCAAUCAACACCUCUUACAAAUCUCUCAAUGCAUUCAGUAAUGUGUGUAUACAUUAUAUUAAAAUCAUGUGAAAAAGCAUCGACCAACUAA